GUUUGUUUGGUUGGGUAUAGCAACGUAGGGAGAGAAGAUAAGAAGAAGAAUUGCAAAUUUGCUACAAGGGCAGUAGAGUCAUUUCGUGUCAUGAAAAUAGGGAUAAAAAGUCAAAAAUGAUUACAGUAAAUAAAAAGGGCAUAUUAUCUAAAGAGAAAAGAAAAGCAGGGCAAAUCAUCUAAUCCUAUGUAAAGUGGGGCAAAUUAUCAAAUGCCCAAGUAAACUGGGGCAUAUGAUUCAAUCUCCCGGGGGCGGAGCGGUGGAGUGGGAUUCCGACGCGGCGGAGGUAACUGAGCGCGGAGGCGGCGCCUGGAGGAGGAAAUCUUCUCGCCGUCUCGCCGGUAGUACGCUCGCCGCCUCCGCCUCGGGGGCGGCCUGGCUGCCUCAUUUCGGCCGGCGGAACCUGAUGCCUCGCCGCCUCUACUCCACCAGGCCCAUGUCCUACACCCGCCUCCGUCGCCGGCUGUCCUCCUCCUCCACCACCACCUCUUCGUCGUCACCCUCCUGGUGUCCCCAUGCCGCCUUCGCCACUGCCACAGAGCGUGUCCGCGCCGGCACGCUCAGUCCGGAGCACGUGCACCACCUGUUCGACAAAUUGCUUCGGCAGGCCACUCCGGUCCCCGAGCACUCCCUGAACGGCUUCCUUGCCGCCCUCGCGCGCGCGCCGGACUCCUCCGCGUGCAAAGACGGCCCCGCCCUCGUCCUCGCCAUCUUCAACCGCGUCUCCCGAGAAGAAGCCGGCCUGCGGGUGGCCACGCCCGCCAUCUGCACCUACUGCAUCCUCAUGGACUGCUGCUGCCGCGCGCGUCGCCGGGACCUAGGGCUUGCCUUCUUCGACCGCCUCGUGAGGACGGGCCUCAAGACAAACCAGAUCGCCGCCAACAACCUCCUCAAGUGCCUCUGCCACGCAAAACGGACCGACGAGGCUGUCAGCGUGCUGCUUCAUAGGAUAUCCGACCUCGGUUGUGCGCCUAACUGCAUCUCAUACAACACAGUUCUAAAGAGCUUGUGCGAAGAUAGCAGGAGCCAGCAAGCGCUCGACCUGCUUCAGAUGAUGGCAAAAGAAGGAGGUGUCUGCUCCCCUAGUCUGGUCAAAUAUAACACGGUCAUCCACGGCUUCUUCAAGGAAGGACAAGUAAGCAAGGCAUGCAAUCUAUACCAUGAAAUGAUGCAGCAAGGGGUUGUGCCUGAUGUGGUGAACUGGUGACGUAUAACUCGAUUAUUGAUGCGCUGUGCAAGGCCAGAGCUAUGGGCAAGGCGGAGUAGUUCCUAAGGCAGAUGGUUGAUAACGGUGUUCGACCAGAUAACCUGACAUAUACUGCAGUGAUCCAUGGAUAUUCUUGUCGGAGUAAUUGGUCAUGGAUACUUCGAAGACGACGAGACAAUAAAUUAAAACAUCAGGGCUAGCAAAGCCCCUCAGUCCGACUGCGCGGCCGCUCCUGCCGACUCCCUGUCCGACUGCUCUGCCCGUCCGACUGCUCUGCCUGGCCGGUUGCCAGCUGCCGACUGCACCAACCAGCCGGCUGCCGACAGCGCCGACCACUGUAGCCUGACCCGACACUGACAAGACACCGACACGAUGGCCAUACCACGGACAAGAUGGUUGUAUCCGAACACUACUGAGCAAUAAUAAUACACUGUAGCAGGUGUAAGAUGUCACAUCGUUGUCUUCCAAAUAGUGAAGUCGGUCACGUGAGCCAUCCCUUAUCCUCUGGGCUUCCUUUUAUAAGGAGCACCAGGCGAGGCUCACACACAUGUAUGGCCACAAUACCUCGCACAGGCUAGCAAGCUAACAGCUAUCCAUCCAUCCAUCCAGGAUGAAGACACCCUCUCGCGUGCAUACUAGCUAGCUAACACACAUAUAUCAUUCGGCCACUGAAGCUUGCAUGCUCAUCCAGCUAUCCACAUAUAUACAAGGCCAGAUGCCUACGGCACUGACCUCAGAUACAGCUUCAAAAGCAUUCUGUACCAGAUAUACUCAGACAUGCAGGAGUAGGGGUUUAUCUCUCCGGAGAGCCCCGAACCUGGGUAAACUAACGCGUAUUACUCGCAUACCCGUCCCUGGAUAUUCCGGCAGCAGUCUUUCCCUCACACUCAAGCCAUCUUGUGGCAUCUGUCGUCUUGCAUCCCCCGUGAGAAUACCACGACAGUUUGGCGUCCACCGUGGGGCGGUACUAUGCUACCGCGCUGCUGCUGUUUUCGCAGUUCGGGCGGGACCAUCUUUGUCAUCACCGCGGCGUCGCCACCGUCUCUCCGGUAGCACUCGGAGGCCCGACGUCGACGCGCCCUCGGAGCGGCCGCGAGGGGCGGCACGUCCUCGCCGUCAGCCUCUUCGUCUUCACCACCACGGCGUCACGCCGUCUCUCCGAUAGCGGUCGGGGGCUCGACAUCGGCAUGCCCCCGGAAUGGCCGUGAGGGGCGGCGCGUCCUCACCGUCGGCCUUGCCUUCUUCACCACUACCGCAACACCGGCCGUCUGUCUGCGCGCGGGGCCUCGCUUUGGUCGGCCAUGUCCGUCCACGCAUCGCUCGCGUCUGCUUUCCUCCGCGUUGCGCCUUGCUCCAGCUGACACGCACGUCCGCUACUCCAUAUAUCAUCUAUGCUAGCUAGCUAGAUGUGAGUCAAACCAUUGUUAAACCAUUAGCCAAACACGCAUCAGACAAUGACCAUACAUUAGUCAAAGACUACCCAAACAAUCUCCAGAAAUAUCAUGGUCUCUUGCACCAAUGCUGCUGCACUCGCUUACGGCCAUGGCCUAGUCCUGUGCACGCACGCACCGGCCGCAUGCGUGUUGGUCGUGUGCGGGACUGCACAUGCGCGCAUAGCCGGCUGCUUGGCCAGCCUUGGCCGGCUUCCCACCACGGCGUAUACUGGAUCAGGCCGCCCGGCUCCGACCUCGUCCAACUGCGUUCUACUUUAGCUGUUGCUCCGCGGCCCGGCUGUUGUGCCGUCUGUCCGCCUGGCCUCGGUCCUCGCUGGCUGCACCUUACCCGUCGCACGCGCCCAGCCUGCUGUGCUCCUUAUGCGGUCGCCGACUGCUCCAUUCGCGCGCGCUUGUCGUCCCGGCCGGCUG